UGAAGAAGAAGUAGUAGAUGACAGGAACCUUGCAGACAGGAGUCGUGGCCAAUUAAAAUGCUUUUUGAAGGCGACAUGAUAUGCGCGUUAUUCACUGUUGAUGACAUUGCGAGCUGGCUAGCUGUUUCGAACGAGCUUUGAAACUUAAAUACCAACUUGAUUGCUAAAAUACAAAAUAUUAUAUCCUUCGUUAGACACGACCAUGCUACAGUUUCUGGCUGGGUUUACUUUGGGAAACGUUGUUGGGAUGUACCUCGCUCAAAACUACGAGGUCCCCAACAUUACCAAAAAGAUAGAAGCCUUCAAGAAGGAUGUGGAGGCAAAGAAGAAACCUCCAGAGUGAAGGAAGAGAUUUCUUUCCAUCCAUGUUGUUGAUCAGAGGCAGAUUGAAGAGAUGGGGACUAUUGGAACAACAAGAAUCACACCACAGAGGAUAUAUAUUUUCCCAUCUCAUUUAAUCUUUGCUAUUAAAAGCAAUAUGUGUACUAAGGUUACACUGGCAGAGGACUAAAUUGUGUACAAAAAUAAAUGUAAUUCUCUAAGCAGGGUUUUUACAGUGCCUGGACUGGGCCAGUGUUCUUGAUUUCUUUAGUUUGUAUUCUUAAAGUACUUUUUAAGAUAAUAUGAGGGUCCUAUUUAUGAGUGGAUAUGCAAAGAUGACUGCUGUGAGAUCUAAAUUCCAGAAUCCUUGGCCUUAUCCUCGCAAGCAGCUUGGCAGGGCAGGCCUUUAGGUGGGGCAAUGGCAUUUAUAUCAAGUCUAAACAUGGCAUUUGUACAAUUUAUGCUUGUAAUUUUUGCCAACUAAACAGAGUGCAGUUUCUGCUUUUGAGUGGUGUUAUCAUAUAAAUAGAAUUUAAUUGGGAAGCCUGUUCUAUGGGUUAUAUUGCUGUGGGUGUUAUGGUAUUGAGAUUGAACAGCUCAUGUAAAUUGUAUUGUUUGGCGUCUAUUCUAGGCUAAAUGCUGUUCUCGAACAUCGUAGGCCUAAUUCAGAUGUGCCUACAUCUGUUCAGCCUGCAUGAAUAUAUUUGCUGAAUUUUG